AUGAUAUCAGAAAUUUCUGUGAUGGAUACGGACAAAAAUGGGAUCCCAACUCAAUGCUCUUUUACCAGGAAUGAGGAAACACCACGAGCAACUCAAAUAGCCCCUGAAAAUCGAAGACGCCUCCAAGAAAAUUUCUCCUCGAGCACUUUUGCUGACAGUUCUCCGAAGAGACCAACCAAGAGCUAUCCCCUCGAUCCAAGGCUUAGACGGAUCAGGGCUAACAGCAGAGAACGCAGGCGAAUUCAGGCAAUUAACGAUGCGAUGGAGGCACUGAGAAAAGUAAUUCCCAACACGGAAAGCAAAAGGAAAUUAACUAAAUUGGAGCUUCUUAGGCUUGCGCGGGAGUACAUACGAGAUCUCUCCGAGAUAUUAUGCGCCGACAGACAGAAAAUAGGGGAACAAGUGAUCAAUGUGGACUUAUCCUAUCCACACUACAGUGAUUUCUUUGUAGAUUCGUUUUACACCAGUUAG